ACACAAGCAAUGGGAUUAGAACCAAGAGGACGUGGUGGUGGUCGUGGAGGAUUUGGCGGUGGUCGUGGCGGAUUCGGCGGUGGUGAUCGCGGAGGCCGUGGCGGUAGUCGUGGUGGAUUCGGUGGUGGUCGUGGUGGAUUCGGCGGUGGCCGUGGUGGUGCAGUGUCCAAGUUUGGAGGUGGUGAUCGUGGAGGCCGUGGUGGUGGUCGCGGUGCUCCAGGUGGCCGUGGUCGUGGCCGAGGUGCUCCAGCUGGCCGUGGUGGUGCCAGAGGUGGAUCCAAGGUUGUUGUUAAACCCCAUCGUCACGAAGGUGUGUUUAUCGCUUCCGGUAAAGAAGACAUGUUGUGUACCAAGAACCUUGUUCCUGGAGAAUCAGUCUAUGGUGAAAAGCGAAUCUCUGUUGAUAACGCCGAUGGAACCAAGACAGAAUAUCGUGUGUGGAAUCCUUUCCGAUCAAAGAUCGCUGCUGGUAUUUUGGGUGGUAUUGACAACAUUCACAUUGCUCCCGGCAAAAAAGUUCUUUAUCUUGGUGCAGCAAGUGGAACCUCUGUUUCACAUGUUGCUGAUGUUGUUGGCCCCACUGGUCUUGUCUAUGCUGUCGAGUUUUCACAUCGUUCUGGACGCGAUCUGAUCAACAUGGCCAAGAAACGCACCAACGUUAUUCCUAUUAUUGAGGAUGCUCGUCACCCUCACAAGUAUCGCAUGCUUGUUGGAAUGGUAGAUGUUAUUUUUGCAGAUGUUGCUCAACCCGAUCAAGCACGUAUCAUUACACUCAACUCGCAUCUGUUCCUCAAGAACGGAGGACACAUUGUCAUUUCGAUCAAGGCCAACUGUAUUGACUCUACUGUAGAUGCUGCCACAGUAUUUGCAAAAGAAGUCAAGAAGCUUCAAGAAGACAAGGUGAAACCACAGGAGCAGCUCACACUUGAGCCCUAUGAGCGUGAUCACGCUAUUGUUAUUGGACAAUACCGUGCUCCCAAAAAGACAAAGUCGGCCUAGGCCCGGGGUUAGAUAUCUUGUUUCCCUAUUAUUUCUCUUAUAGUUUCUCUCUGAUCCAACACCUCCCUACACCUUCAUUCACUGUGCAAAGCAAAAACAUCGAGUCAUUUUAAAACACUGCUGUGGCUUGGUUGAUUGACAAAUUCAAUAGCAAUCUUCUUAUUUUUACUUUUCAGUUUUAUAAACUUUUCGUAAAUCUGUGUCUUCAAGU